CAUCUCCCUUUAAGGAAUGGGGGGAAACCGGUCAUGGGUCACAGAGUUCGUGCUGCUGGGAUUCCAGCUCAGCGCACAGACGGAACUGCUCCUCUUCUGGGUCUUCUCCCUGCUCUACAGCUGCAGUCUGCUGGCAAACGGCAUGAUCUUUGCACUCAUCUGUCUGGACCAGAGAUUACACACCCCCAUGUACUUCUUCCUCUCCCACCUGGCCAUUAUUGACGUGUCCUAUGCUUCCAACAAUGUCCCCAAGAUGCUGGCAAACUUAGUGACCCAGAAUAGAGCCAUCUCCUUUGUCCCAUGCGUCAUGCAGACAUUUUUGUAUUUGGGUCUUGCUGCUACAGAAUGCCUGAUUUUGGUGGCAAUGUCCUAUGAUCGGUACGUGGCCAUCUGCCACCCCCUCCAGUACACGGUCAUCAUGAGCUGGACUGUGUGCAUGGUCCUGGCCGCCACUUCCUGGUCCUGUGGAUUUGUCCAGGCUCUGGUGCACACGGUUCUCCUUGUAAGGCUGCCGUUCUGUGGGCCCCAGGAAGUCAACCACUUCUUCUGUGAGAUCCUGUCUGUCCUCAAGCUGGCCUGUGCUGACACCUCGCUCAACAAAGUGGUCACCUUUGCUACUUCUUUCUUGGUCUUAGUCGGGCCCCUGUGCUUGGUGCUGGUCUCCUACAUACACAUCGCCUGGGCCAUCCUGAGGAUCCAGUCUGGGGAGGGCCGCAGGAAGGCCUUCUCUACCUGCUCCUCCCACCUCUGCGUGGUGGGGCUCUUCUUUGGCAUAGCCAUGGUGGUUUACAUGGUCCCUGAUUCCAGUCAACAAGAGGAGAUGGAGAAAAUACUGUCCUUGUUUUACUGUCUCUUUAACCCGAUGCUAAACCCCCUCAUCUACAGCCUGAGGAACGCCCAGGUGAAGGACGCCUUGUGUAGGGCCCUGCAGGUGAGGGCCAGGUGAUGGGAAAACUCAGAGAGUUUUCCCAAUUGGAAGUUUCAUAUACAAAUGGUAAUUGUUCAAAUUCUAGCUCUGAAAAUAGGGUAAACUUCCCUGGAAGAGCAUAGCUUUUAAAGUUGAAAUAGGGCAACUAAAUUAUUAGAAAUUUUAGUCUUUCU